CAAGCGACUUCGAAUUGGACUUUUCAUUCUUCAGGACCGAGUCCGAUAUGUAUCGGUAACAGCGCAACACAAUCUGUCGUGGGUACUCGACUGAGGAUCAAGGGGUCACGAUGUUGGACGGACUUUUUAUGCUGCUCGGGUUGAGCGUGGUGAUGGCUCUGGCCUCAUUUCUCGCCGGUGCACUCCCAUUGUCUAUGACCCUUUCCUCAUCACAACUACGAUUGAUAUCUACCAUUGGAAUGGGCGUAUUGGUUGGGACAUCCUUGAUCGUUAUUAUUCCCGAAGGCAUUGAAGCCGUAUACAGCUCUGGAGAAGCAGGGCAUUUGCAUACGAGAAGAAGCCUACAAUCGAGAGGGUCGGAGUUGAAAUGGGUCCGCAGCGGAGUCCAUACUCUCAUGGUAUCGAGAGAUGUCGAAUCUCGCAAACUCGCAGAUAUAGACUCUUUCAAUAGUGUUGGACCUGUCAUUCCAGAUGGACUCGAGAUCAAAGCAGAAAUACCCACCACGACAGCUGGAGAAGCCAAGGAGACAGAAGCUCCAAAGCCAGGAGAUACCCCUCACAAUGAUGAAGAGCAGCAUAAAGACCCACCAACAUUCUACAUUGGAUUUUCCCUAAUAACUGGGUUCAUCCUCAUGUUCCUAAUUGACAAGUUGCCCCGUCACGCUUCAGAACACAUUGCACCACCUCCUCCAACCCGACAUAUCUCUUUGGACAACCUCUCUCAAGGCCUCCACUCCUCUUCUACCAUUUCGACCGGAGACGAAGAAUCGGAAUCAUUCCUCCAAUCCCUAGCUCCUACACCAAAGCAAACCCGCUCUCUAGCAACUACUACUGGACUUGUGAUCCACGCUGCAGCAGACGGAAUUGCAAUGGGAGCUUCUGCAUCAAGCUCCAACACCAAGUUAGGGUUCAUAAUCUUCAUCGCAAUCAUGGUUCAUAAAGCUCCAGCAGCAUUUGGAUUGACGUCUGUUCUAUUGAAACAAGGACUGUCAAAAAGAGCAGCGAGAGGACAUUUAAUUAUCUUCAGUCUUGCAGCGCCGUUUGGUGCUCUUACGACAUGGCUUAUCGUUAACAUCCUGGGUGGAGAUCAUAUGGAGGGAGAGAGUGGGCAGUGGUGGACGGGAAUGUUAUUGCUGUUCUCAGCUGGCACAUUUUUAUAUGUAGCUAUGCAUGCAAUGCAAGAAGAUGGAAGUCACGAGCACUCACACAAUAACUCAAAUGGCUACACAGAUGGUGGCGGUGCUCCAAGAACAAAGCCGAAGCCUCAAAUGAAGGAUACACUUGCGGCUGUUGGAGGGAUGUUGAUCCCGUUGUUGACACAAAUUGGGCAUCAUCAUUGAUACUCCCUGAGAGCAGAUUCGGACAGAGGCGCAGUAAGAGGGCUAAAUAAGCUACAGCCCAUCAAGAGCCAGUGGCGUUUUGGAUGAUUAGCUAGAUGAACGGGUCA